UUUUUUUUAAUAAUAAUAAUAAAAAGCUUUGUCUAAGGGUUUGAUCUCAGCUAUGAAACUAUGCUGAAGUUCUCAAUAUCUUCCUUUCCUGUGCCUGGCUACAAACCAGCAAGAACAAAUGGAACAACUUUGCAAUGGGAAGGAGGGUGGCAAGACGAAGCUUUCGCUGAGAGCGCACCAGUGUCUCUGGGGUGGUACCCACUGCUCCCAGCUGCCCCAGUGAUUGCAUCCUGGGGUUUUAAACACAGGAGACUGGUUGCAUUUCGUUUGUGAUGCUGGGUAAAGGGAAAUCGUUAAUUUUUAGUUUAAUGUUUAGGGUAAAUGCUUGUGUCUUAUUUUAAGGUAUACGUGGCUUGUCAGUCAAUGCUUAUUGUGCUCGUGGGAGCUGUGCCCGAGUAUCACAUAGACCAAGAAGGGAUUGCAGCGAGCAGAGCUGAGCUUGCCAAGCAUAUCCAUUUUGCAGACAACUUCACAUCUAUAGUAACCGAGUGGUACCUAAUUGAACAAGAAGCCUACAAAGUGAGCCUUGCAUCAUCCCUGUUUUUCGCUGGAUUGCUUAUUGGAAAUAUCACAUUUGGCCCUUUGUCAGAUAAACUGGGCAGGAAACCAGUGUAUAUCUCAGGUCUGUUUUUUGAUGUCGUUUUUGGGUAUGUCACAGCAUUAGCUCCAAAUUAUGACGUAUUUGCCGUGUCACGGUUUUUUGUUGGAAUUGUGAAUGGUGGAAUGGCUCUUGUGUCUUUUGUCCUAACCCAAGAAUAUGUAGGAAAAUCAUUUUGGUCAUUUACAGGUUCGUUGACUAAUUUGACCUUUGCAGUUGGCAUUGCUGUUUAUGCUUUACUGGGUUACUGCGUGAGAGAAUGGCGCUACCUUGCCUUGGUAUCGAAUACUCCAGGAGUCCUCUUCCUCCUUCUUUCUUUUAUGCUCCCAGAAUCACCACGAUGGCUAUAUUCCCAAGGGAAAACAGCAGAAGCUGAAGAUGUGUUGCAAUAUAUUGCCCUUGGUAAUGGAAAAGAGAGACUAAAUCUAAAAUUAAAACCGAGUGCAGGAAUUAUGAGAAAGGAUGAAUCGGCACCUGGUAUCCUAAACUUAGUAAAACAUCCAGUCCUUCGGUGGCGAACCAUCGUACUGAUGUACAUCUGGUACGUCUGCAGCUUUGUGUACUAUGGACUAACUCUAAAUGCUGGUGAAUUAAGAGGAAAUCUGUAUUUAAAUGUGGCUCUUACUGGUCUUGUAGAAGUUCCGGCAUUUCCUCUCUGCAUGUUUUUUAUUGAGAAAUCCUGGUCUGGAAGACGUAAAACUAUGACGUGUUUUCUGAUGUUUGCAGGUUUUGCCUGUAUAUUUACCAUGUUUUUACCAACAAAUGCUGGUCCAUUCCUCAGUCCCACUUUGUUAGCUUUGUGUGGAAAAAUGAUGGUCAGCGCCGCUUUCAACAUCGUGUAUAUUUAUACAUCUGAACUGUACCCAACAGUGCUGAGAAAUGCUGGCUUGGGUGUCUGUUCCAUGUCUUGCAGAUUUGGGGGCAUUUUGGCUCCAUUUGUGCCAUCUAUGAAAUCUCUUAGCGCUUCUGUACCCUUCGUGGUGUUUGGAAUCAGUGGCCUGUCAGCGGGAUUCCUGACUCUCCUUCUGCCAGAAACACUAAAUAAGCCGAUUGCGGAGAGCAUUGAAGAUCUCCAGAGUCCCAAAUACCAAGUGCUCAAAAACGAAGAGGCAGAGUAAUGGCAAACCAGUUAGAAGAAAACACUUAAAUUCCAGAAGCCCUGUCUGUGGUGGAAAAUGAAGCCUCAUUGAGAAGGUGCUGUACCACUUGAAGGGCAGAGUCUUGCUCUGUCUGUCUGAGAGGAACGGUUGGAGGACUUGUGCGUGAUGCUGUUUGUAGCACGUUGAACAGUUUUGUGUGGAGGCAAAUGGAGAAGAUGGAAGAAGUUGAGCAAAGCUUGUGAGAAAAGAGGUGACAAAUCUGUGCGUUAAUUUAAUGACUUGACAAAAGCGUACUUUGGAUGUUUGGACUCCUCUACGGCUUCUUAAAAUGAAGUAUUAAUUUAUUUUACAAAACGUAAUUGCUAGCUUUGGAUUAAGCUGUAAUGUUGUAAUUGAAGUGGUGUGUAUAAUUUAAAAUGUAGAUGGCCUUAUAUAUUCAGGCAAGCUGUAAUCGUGAAAAGUAACAGCAUCCCGUAUACGUUAAUUUUCUCUACAGGGUUUUUUGCCUCUGAAUUAUGGUAUGCCUCACAGUGUGAAGAGACCAAAGAUUUUUAUGGGUUGUUUGCCCUAGUAUGUCUAGCAUAAGAAACGUGAACAGGAGAUCUGAAAGGAGAAUAAAUGGAUUUUAAUGUGGGAGUAAGUAAUUUUUUUAAUACAGUCAUACAUGAAAAGAUACAUAAAGUUAAAAAUAACACUAUCGGAAAAAUGAUGCCAGGCCUUUAAGAGGUGCAUUUAAGGAGAGGAUGAGUAACCUUGAGGCAAAGGUUAUUCAGUUCUAGCUGUACAUGUGGAACUAGAAAUUAUUUAACGAGUCAUAGUGUAUAAUAUAUGUAAUAAUAUGUAAUCCAAUACAUUUCACAUACGAAUGGGAAAUUCUUCCUGCGAGUGGUGCAUGUCUGUUAAGAUACUUACGUUGGAAUAGAUGCAUCACAAAUGUUACAUUUUUUUGAUGGCCAACAGAAUUUUGUUAUUAAAAAGAACAUUAUUUAACAUCUGUAUUAUGAGUGCUGCUUUUUCCGGGAUGUUUACCCAGGCUUUUUGAAGAAUACUUGUGUCAUCUUGAUUCUGGCCCUUUAUCUAAUACACCUGAUAGGAAAAGGUUACUGAAAGGCCUCUGUGAUUUGAGCAAGUUCCAUAGUUAAAUAAUAAUAUAUAUUAAGAAAUAAUUCUGCAAAUGAACAUGCACCCAUGCAAGUGUGUGUGCACUUACACGCACGUGUGCACACAUAAGCACACGCAGGUUGCUCUGCCUGGAUGCCUCACUGAAAUCUGUGUGGUGUCCAUGUGUGCUUUACAAAUAGCCUGAUGGGCUUCCCAAGGGGAGAAAAUGAAUUGGCAAUCGGAACAACAUCUAAAUGAUGUUGACAUACGGGUGGAUUGCACAUGCAUUUGCUUAACCUCUGGGGCUGAAGCUUGAUGACAAACAGACUAUUGAAUACACUGGGAACUUUUAUCUUCUGAUCAUUUAUUUAUUCGUAAUUUUUGUGAUGUUUCAGUUUCAUGAGGAUUAGAAUUGAGUUUGUGUGAUUUUUUUUUUUUUUUUCUGAAUAAUAUUAAUGCCUUUCAUUGCAUUAACAUUUAUAACCACAGUGACCGAUUAUACCUCUUCAAAGAUAAUUGGGUCCGCAGGGAUAUGGUAAAGACCAAGUUUUGUUACAGUUGACUUCAAUUUUUUUAUUACAAGAAAUAAAAUUUAAUAAGAAAUAGAGUGAUAUAAAGUUGGAUUCCCAAAGCAGAGACAAGACUCUGGAACAGGAGGACCGUAAAGGGUACCAUUAUGUGGUGGGAGUCUGUUUCUCCCUCCUGCCACAUGUAUCAGGCUGUAUCGGUGCGUUUUUCCUCUGCCUUUUAUUCCAUAUUAUGAGAAGAACAGGAAACAAAGAUCAUCUACAUUUUGAACGUGCUUAUUUCUGCUUUAUUUGACCUGGAAUGAAUGAAUUCUUUGCCUGGGGCGACUUCGGUGCAUUUGGUGGAUUGAUGACCAGAAAGCUGUGUGUCCUGGAAAGAAGUUAAUGAUCUUUUCAGCAGCGCUGGCGUGGUACCUACAGCUCUUUUUAGGAGCGUAGGCCAGCGUGGAAGCUGGUGUGGUAGCUCGUCUCCAAGAUCCAAAAGAGAACGUGG